UAAAGAACGGGUAUCUAAAUCAUAUUCACGUGUACGACCAAAACAUAAAUACACAUUCAACCUUGUUUUUCAAAUAAUUACCCAGAUUUUUGCAUAUAUUUAAAUUGAAAUACUUCAAUGGAAAGUUUGGCAGAAUUUACCGAGUUUUUACGCCCAAGUCAGCGGCUGGAUUUAAAGUCGGUUGCCCUAACACAUAUCCUAGGCCUCACGGGUUCAUCAGAAGGAAAAGCUGCUAUACUAUCCCAUGAUAACAUCAUAGUUGCCUUAUUUAACUUGACUACCGAUGUCCACCAUGUUGUUGCAAAAGAUGCGGUCCUGUGCCUCAUAAAUAUAACAGCAGAAGAAGACGGAGCCCUCAAAGUCUAUGAAUUGGCAAAGAAUUCAGAUCCCCCAUUCCAUAUUGUUUGUAAAGCCAUUGAAAUCAUAACAGACGAAAAUGCCGAGUUGGCAGAUGCUUGGACCAUGGUGCUGAGCAACAUAUCAAGGGUGGAGUCAAUAGCACAUGACAUCCUAAAUGAAUUGAAUCCCAAAGACAUCCUCAAAAUGGUUAAAGCUUUCACCAAACUGGAUUACAAUAAGAAGAAAAACAAGCUAGACUAUCUUGGCCCAAUAUUUUGCAAUUUAACCCAAACAGGGAGAGGAAGAGAAAUCAUUUGUCUUGACAAAUACAAUCUCAUAGACAAAAUACUUCCAUUUGCUUCCUUUCAAGAUUCACUAAUACGAAGAGGUGGAACUAUUGGUAUCUUGAAAAAUAUUUGCUUUGACCCUGUCUACCAUGACAUAAUACUACGUGAUCCUGACGAUAUUCUCUGCGCAUUGCUCUAUCCUCUAUGUGGCCCAGAAGAAUUUUCUGAUGAAGAAAAUGACAUGUUACCCAUAGACCUACAAUUCCUUCCAGAAACCAAAACCCGAGAGGAAGACCCCGACCUAAGAAAAAUGCUUUUGGAAUCCUUGCUGCAAUUGUGCUCGCGUAGAAAAUCUAGAGAACAUUUACGAUCAAAAGGAGUAUAUGAGAUCCUGAGGGAGUAUCACAAAUGGGAAGCAAAAAUUGCCAAGAAUAAGGAAUGUUUACUCGCUUGUGAAAAUGUUGUCGAUAUAUUAAUUAAGAAAGAAGACGAAAUUGGAUUAGACAACUACAAACAAGUGGAUGUACCCCAAGACGUAGCCGAAAAGUUUCUCAAAGAAGAUGAAGAAUAUUUGAAGGACUUGUGAUAUAGUAGUCUUUAUUAACAAAUUAAUAUUUACAUCAACACAUAUUUCUUAUUUGUAUAUAACACUACUUUACAUCGUUUUUAUUAUAUCUCUGUUGUAACAAAUAUACGAAUACCAUUAAUAAUUUGACCCGACAUAAAACAAACAUUCUUCCACUUUGA